AUGGCCAUCAUCUCGAUGCUGUUGCUUGUUGUGCCUUUCGCUUGCGCCGAGUUAAUCUCUCCAAACCAGCUCUCAGACAAGGGUGCACUUCCGGUGGAUCUCAUGGAAGAACGCCACGAGGAACGUCAUGACAGCCACGAGAAAGAUGAGGAUAAGGAAGAUGAGCACAAGGUGAAAGACAGCGACAAAGAGACUGAAAGCCCCAAGCAUUGGUGGAGCAGCUUUUGGCCUUUCCAGUUGGAUGCAGAACAUGAUGGCCAUGAGGACCAUGAGGAAAGGCAUCACGAGAAACAUGAAGUUGACGAUGCCAAGAAGGACGAUCACGAAACCAGCGGCCAUUGGUGGGACCAUUUGUGGCCUUUCCAGAUGUCAAAUCAAGGAGCAGACGUGAACUUCCUGGCGGAGGAAGACCCAAGGGCAGAAAGUCACGAAGAGCACCAUUCCAAGAUGCACGUCGCUCACGAGCAUUGGUGGGAUCACUUGUGGCCCUUCAUGAUGCUGGCCGCCGUGUUUCCUGCCAUGGGUGCUAUCCUCUUCAAGCGGGUGCAGUCCACCUGGCUGCGGCAGCCACUGUUGCAAGAGCCGCAAAGUGAGGUCUAA